UAGCCAUGAACGAAACAGGAAACGAUACAGGAGAUCCAAUGUUGACCCUGCCGGUACAGGCAGCAUUUGCGACCUCAAUGACGGUGUUCUUCCUAGUUGAUAUCCUGGGAAACUCCCUAGUGAUACUCGCAAUCAUCACCAAUCCUAAGCUGCAAAGCACCUCAAACUUCUACCUCUUCGCUCUCGCCGUCACUGACAUCUCAAUUGGUAUCAACACGAUGUUGCCCGCAACGAUAACUGUGAGUGCUCAACGCGGUGUCUUGCCCCCUUGGAUGUGUACUCUAACCAGCUUUGUGGAUACCAUGACCCUCCCUGUCUCUCUGUGGAUCCUGUCAGCUUCCUCUCUGGACAGAUGUGUCAUGAUAUUUAAACCCUACAAGUACAACCUGUACAGGGCGUGGAUAAACAGGAAGAAAACGUUCAUCUUUAUCGGGGUGGUGGCUGUCUCCUGCGCUGUUGUGUGCUGUCCUAUCUUCACUCCACAAGUAGCCAGCUCUUGGAACCUCCACAGUUACACCUGCGGACCAGACUUCUUUGAAAAUCUGGACUACUUUGCUGCUUACUGCUUCUUCACCUUCCCUCUUCCUAUCCUUAUCGUCAUCGUCAGCUACGCUAUCAUUUUCUCGGUGGUGACAUCACUGCAGUGUAGAGUAAACAGACAGAAGAUUCGAGCAACAAUGACCGUUCUGGCGGUCAUCAUCUGCUUGCUGGUUUGCAUUUUGCCUGUCUGGUGCCGUGCUCUGUACAUCCUCUUCUACAUCAGGGCAUACGAUAAACCUCCCCAAAUCUACCCUACACUUGAGAUAUCCCUUCACUGGCUCCUCUUCAGCCACUCCGCAAUCAAUCCCAUCAUAUACGGACUCAUCAACCCCCAGUUCCAAGCCAGCUUUAAGAAGAUCAUCUUCUUCUUCAACAGUGAUACCCCCAGUUUCGCUGAUACAAGGAGGGGAACUUACGAUGGGGCUACUACAAUGAGCGUUAAGAAACGCCCCUCCCCAAGACCACCUUCUAGUCAGUGCCACAGCGUGGACAGUGUCAAGGACUCCUCCAUGAAGGAGAAAAACAGUGUUAAUAACACCGAGAACUUUCUGCACGACAUUUCCUGUUCCAUUCUCCGCAACAACAAGACCUUUCUUGGGUUAAAAUUCUCGAAAAUCGGCGGCAAGAGACAAAAUCUGAGCAGCACCUCUCAGACGGGUGGAAACAAUAUCUCUGACAAUCCCGAUAGUGAACCUUAUUUCGAGUCCACUGUUCAGACAACCACGCAUGUUUAGGCCACCUUAAUAAAAAUAAAUAUAUUUUAUACACUUAGUUAUUAAUUUUAGUCUUAGUAUCGGCUGCUUAGUGCUCCCCCACACCACAACAGAUUAUGUACUAAGUUGUACUAAUUUAAGUGAUUGUGACUUAAAUGCAAACAAACUGGUUAAUCGAUUCAACUUUGCAUUAUAAUAUUCGAAUUGCAACGUGCAAUGACUUCCUCGAAAUUUGGCUUUCAGCCAUCGAAAAAUCUAUAAUUAACUUUAAUUUUUAUCCACUUAUUAACUUUUUGCAGCUAUUUUUAGUGUUAAUUAGAUGUCGCUUGUAAAUAUGAUCAACUUUAUUCCAUUUGAGCUGGCGGAUUGGUCCGAUCAAGGGAUUUACAUUACGCUUAAUGAUUAUUAUUUAGGAUGAUUCAUUCCUAAUAAAUAUCAUCCGCUCGAAUAUGUUUUAAUUAUAGUGGUAUGGUAUGCUGUAAUCUAUUUCAUCUUUAUGUGAAAUAUCUUAUUACUACGUAUAGUACUGAACGAUUUACGAAGCACGUUAAGAAUUUAAUUAGUUGACUUGAUCACUUUCUCAUUUAGAUUGGAUCUGUGAGGUCAGAGGUGCCGACUGGAAAUGAAUAUCUACUAGCAGUUCACAUCUAUAAAAGUCGCAUUAGGAUAAUAUCCAUAGUUUUACUCCUUUUUAAGCAAAUUGGUCUUACGUCUUGAACUAAUCAGUAAAUUUCGAAAGCGAAAUAAACAUUGCAAAUUCUACACUCUUGAUCAAGAGAAACUUUGAGAAUAUAUUUCUUUUCCAUUCUUAUAGAAUUUACUUGAUACUUCCUUUUAUUAUGAUGAUAUGAUAUUUGUACGGCACGAGGUUUGACGUGGGUGAAUUUAACAGGAAAGUUCAAGUAAGGUAAAGGCGAUCUGGUAUUCUCUUUUUCAAUAUAUCUCUAGAUAUACAAGUUCCUAAUGGUCAUGAAUAGUAAAAUGAUCGUGUUACAAAUACAUAGGUUAACUACUGAUAAACAUUUAUAUAUUUGCUCUCCGUUCUUUCAGCUCAUUACUCAUACAUUUACUAAGGGGAAUCACUCUAUUAAUAUUAUGUAUCGAUGAAAAUGUAUGUACAUGUAAUUGUAUAACUGAUUACUAUUAGUAUUAAUAUUAUAUACCAUUCAA